AUGGCAGUGCUGAGAUUGUCUAAAGCCACAGGGAAAAUAGUGGAAAAUUCACCAUCACCAUUUCCAGAAAGAGCGAUUUAUGGCUUUGUUCUUUUCUUAAGCUCUCAAUUUGGCUUCAUACUGUAUCUUGUGUGGGCUUUUAUUCCUGAAUCUUGGCGAAACUCCUUAGGCUUAAGCUCCUAUCGGCCUCAAAAUUGUUGGGCCGUUGCAUCUUGUUACCUCCUCAUUACUGUAGUAAUUGGUUAUGUACUCUUAUUUGGAAUAAACAUGUUGAGUACCUCUGCACUCAACUCUGUUAGUACAAUCACAGAUAACUAUGCUAAAAGCCAAUAUCAGAAAAAAUACCAAGGAGAGGCCAUCCCAGCAUUAAGAGAUAUUUCUAUUAGUGAAGUAAACCAAAUGUUCUUUCUUACAGCCAAAGAACUUUACACCAAAAACUGA